CCCUCUCUGUUUACCGUAGCCUGCACGGCGGGAUUGACUGAACAUAGGGAAAGUGUGGCAACGACAACAAAACUAUUUAGCCAUAUUCAGAAAGUCGGUUAAUCAUAGUAAACCACGCUGUGGUGGACAUAAAAACGUAAUACCAGCGACAUAUAGGUUUUGUUUAAAAAGCAGCGGCAACAAAGCGCUAGCUUGAGUUGUUACAGUUUAGCUAGGUAGCAAACUCGACGGUGUAUCUCCAGGGUGUUGUUGCGGUGAAGAUGUGCUCUCUGGCUUUGUUUCCUCCGCUGACCUCCGGACAGACAACUCUGUGCGAGUCCAACAACGAGCUGCUGUCAGGGUCUACCAACACAGAAGACCCGCUCAAACAGGACUUGAUUCCUCUGAGUCUGAAUUUUCCCAGAGAGUCCCUGAAGCUCCACAGUCGCACAGAAAGCAGCAGUAAAGCAGCUUUCCUGGAUCACUCUGAAACCCUGUGGAUGAGGAGUGCAGCAGCCUGGAGGGACGGUGGGCUCUCUGGGCUGCUCAAUGAAAUCACCACCUCACAUGCAGAGGUGCCAAAGUGGCUGUCGGUGACGUCUGGUUGCAUCCUGGCAUUGCUCCGAUGGGCCUCCUCGUUCCACGGUUCCCUGUUUCCUCACGUCACACUGAGCAGCGAGGACAUGAUCGCUGAGUUUUCCCAGGUGCUGAACUGGCCCGACUGUGUGGUGCGAGCCUUCGCCUGGCAUCCUCACACUGAUAAAUUUGCCGUCGCCCUGUUGGACGACUCCAUCAAGAUCUACAAUCCCAAAAGUGCCAUAACACCCACGUUGAAGCACCGCCUGCAGAAGAACAUCGCAGCGGUGCAGUGGAAGCCUCUGUGUGCGUCGGCGCUGGCCGUCGCCUGCCAGAACUGUUUACUGGUGUGGCACGUGGACCCCUGCUCCCUGUCCACCAGGCCUUCGUCCGGCUGCGCUCAGGUUUUGUCCCGUCCUGGCCACUCUCCCAUCACGUCCAUCGCCUGGUCUCCGAGCGGCUCCCUCCUCUUGUCGGCCUCACCGAUGGACACGGCCAUGAUGGUUUGGGACGUCGCUGCAGAGAGCUGCGUGCCCCUUCAGCGCGUCGGAGGCGGCGGCGUUACCUUCCUGUCCUGGUCGCCAGACGGCAGCCACGUCCUGGCCUCCACGCCGUCCGCCUUGUUCAGGGUCUGGGAGACCAGAAUGUGGACCUGUGAGCGCUGGCCGUGUAUAAAGGGUCGUUGUCAGUCUGGCUGCUGGAGUCCAGAUGGAAGUCGGCUUCUUUUCACUGUUCAAGGAGAGAUGGUUAUCUACGCUCUGACCUUCACCGGAACACCAGGCCUCCCUACAAGCUCAAUCAAAGGGCCACAGGCAGCAGUCGUUGUGGCUGACCUAUCAGAGACGACCUUUAAAACACCAGAUGGAGACAUCAUUGUUGGAGGAGAGAUUCAGUCUGUAUCCUGGGAUCCCAGAGGAGAGCGACUCGCUGUGCUUCUUAAAGGUGAUCCACAAGCAGCAAACCGACCCGCAGUCAUUGCCGUAUUUAAAACAAGAGCCAGCCCCAUCUUUGAGCUUUUACCCAGUGGUUUUGUGCAGGGGGAGCCGGGCACAGAGCCCAGGUUGAUGCAGUUCCACCCAAACUUCCGACAUGGAGCUCUGCUUACUGUGUGUUGGUCCAGCGGAAGAAUCACUCACGUGCCCUUCUACUUCCUGAGCUCCUCCCUCCCCCACGUUGGCCUCAGUGGGAGUCCACCGCUGCCUCACCCUCAAGAGAGGCACGCCGACUUCUCCAGUCAGCUCUUUACAGAGCUCAUCUCCUGACGGACCAUCGUCCUGCUCCUCACCAUAUCUAAUCUUCUUUGUCAUCAUCUUUUUGUUAAUAAACUUGUACAGAACGUUC